ACGAAGAGAGACUUGAGGAUAAACAAAGAGAUUCUGGUUUUAGCCUUUCUAUCUUCCACCUCUGCAACACAAACAGAAACCUUUGCUAAAGAAAUUAUAGCCACGAAUUAUGCUACUCCAGUGUUCUGCAUCCAACAAUGCCAGUGCUCCAUUUCCAGGGUCCUUCUUCUUCAAAACCCUACUGAAAUACAAUCUUUUCAAGAAACCUUCGCACUUCACUUGCUUCUUCAAAUUUGAUUUGCAGGAAGUUGCUGAGAUUGCCCAUAACAAGGUAUUGAUAGCGGCUGCUGCAUCGGCGGCAAUUGGCCAGCUUUCGAAGCCUUUCACUUCCGUUAUUCUUUAUGGCGAACGUUUCGACUUCAAGUCUGCGAUUCAAGCUGGUGGCUUCCCCUCUACACAUUCUUCUUCUGUGGUGGCUGCAGCAACUUCUCUUGCUCUUGAAAGGGGUUUCUCUGAUUCCAUUUUUGGAGUCACAGUUGUUUAUGCAGGCCUUAUCAUGUAUGAUGCCCAGGGUGUGAGAAGAGAAGUGGGGAAUCAUGCAAAAGUACUUAAUGAAGUGGUGAUGAAGAAAAAAAGUAAUCCAAUUGAUUGUAAUUGUGAAGGAGAGUGUGUAAAUAUGUUAUCUACUGAGUCAACAACAGGUAGAUCUUGUGAGGAGUCAGCUCCAGUAUUAAAAGAAUCAAUUGGCCAUACAGAGGUUGAAGUUGUAGCUGGUGCUUUCUUAGGUUUCCUUGUUACCCUUGUAGUUUAUUUCAUACUGUAAUUCCCUUCAAUUACUCAUCUGUAAUUCAAAAAUUUAUCAAUCUAAUUUUUGACUUGUUAGAUUCAA